AUGAUCGUUUUGGAUGGAGAUGCGGCAAGGAUCGUUGGAGAGAAAUUCUCGGCUCGGAUUGAAAAGUUUGAAAGCGUGCUGGCCGGGACUAAUUUCAUCGAUCGCCUUCUCCAUCAAUGUCCACGAGUGCAGAAGAUCUUGAUUCAAUCAUCGCUUUUCCCGGAUGACGUGCAGGCGAUCUCGAGGAUUUCCGCCUCAAUUCAUCACUUGUCUAUUGCGAAUUUAAAUUACAAAGUCACGCCGGAUGGUUGUCGUUUCCCUUCAUUCAAAUGCGCAUUUCCCCUUCUUCGCUCGCUGAGCAUCGUACCCCGAUUGGAGGCCAUCAAUCGACCAAGUACACAGUUAACACUCGAGGGAAUCGAGAAACUCUUCACGCCUACUCUUGUCAAAUUGCGUUUGGACGGGAUUGCUUUGCGAAAUGAGAUCCUCGAGAAGAUCUUCACCCUCACAUCACUGCAGGAGCUCCAUUUGGGCGGAUGUCUCGUCGAUUCACUCACCGCGCAAAAACACGUCCAUUUUGACCGCUUGCCCCAAUUGGUGCAUUUGAGCCUGCCGGCCUCGCUUUUCACGCUUUAUCGUCCGCUUAAUGGUGCACAAUUUGAGAUCCCUUUCUCGUUGAAAUCGUUGACCCGCUUGGAAACGUUGAUAAUGCAUUGUGAAAUGCUUCACGAGGAAUCCUUCAUGAAAUGUCUUCACAAUUUCUUCCCACCAAAUCUUAAGACUCUUUACCUCGUUGGACAUACGAUUAGUGAGCCGAAAACGCGUGUAUGGCAAACGCUGAAGUUGAGAUUCAAGAUCGAGCGCAUUCGAAGCGAUACAGCCAUUGUAAAAAACGGGCUUUAUAUGAAUCAAAUGCCUAAGAAACGGAAAUUGAUUUCUGACUCAUUUUGGUGUGAUCCGUAUCGACCAGUGAAUCGAAUCAUCGCUCGGAACAAUCCACAGUCAAUCAUGGCACCCGAGUCUUGGCAAGUGAGUGUACCCGAGGUGACCGGAGCACUGAACACGACGGUGAUUCCAAUUGUCCGUCCAGUCUUCCAUCCACCGCCACCCCGUUCUCCAGCCGUUCAUACAGCUCGUUCGACCAUUUCGGAUCCGAAUCAAAUUGAUAAUCUCGACGAAUUCCCGGGUUUGGCCGGGCUUUUGGUUUUCAACAACGAUCCGGAAGUUGAUGGCGAAGAGGCACAACAAGAACAGGAACAAAUCGCUCAUCCGACCGUGUCCACUCAAGCAGUCGCCGGCACACCGCCAGAACGAAAUGUUACCCCUCAAGAAAUGGCUCUUGUCGAUCAAAUGUUGAUGGGUCUUCUCGGAUUGGAUUUGCUUCGUAUUGCUCCUCCUCCUCCCCUUGCCGAAGCACCAGCGAACAGUCCAGUCGCACAAACCUUACAAGAAAAUCAGCGCCUAUCCACCAAUGCUUCUACUUCGACCACCACUUCCACCUCAGGCGGUACCACGACAAUUCCGAGCUCACUUUCAACUUCUCUUGAGGUUCCAGCUCCGGUCUCCUCCGCCGCUCAUCCGUCAAUGGGCCCCGCGGAUCUGUCAUCACGUGGCGCUCAGCCUCCUCCAACUGCUUCUUCAUCAUCAACCACUGCAUCUACUAGUACUGCCUCAUCAUCGUCGUCGACCCCGAGAACUCUG